GUCUGCUGGAAGAAGUAGCCCACAGUAAGAUACCAAGCACGAGGGACGAACAAACAAAACGCAACCUCUGCAAAUAAGUAUUACAAUUAAUUUUUCUUACAAUUUUACAGAGGAAAGAAACAAAACAUAUUUCGGUCAUUUUACACUUCGGUUGUGUCCCUCGAUAAUUCAUCCUUAUUGAAAGACUAAACAAAAAGGAACAAUAGAAUGUCUGGUUCCACUGGUUUCCUUUUUAAAGACAAACUUUUGGUCGGAUCGAAAUAUGUGAUCGGAAAGUACGACGUUACUGUAGAAAAGUACUUAUCAGAAGGUGGAUUUUCCCAUGUGUAUGCUGUGCAAACAUCCUCGAAAACAGACGGAUCUCCCCUUCCAGCAGUACUAAAACGCAUGUAUGCAGCGGAUGAACAUGCUUUGAAAUCCAUCAAGUUGGAAAUUGACACAAUGAAAUUGCUUAAAUCCAGUCCCAACAUUGUUACUUACUACGACUGUUCUUUUAUUCCUUUGAAUGAAGAGAAAAAAGAUUAUGAAGUACUUUUGUUAAUGGAAUAUUGUUCUGGUGGUGGUUUAAUUGAUUUUAUGAAUCAGCGUUUGCAAACUCGAUUAUCGGAAGUAGAGGUGUUGAAGAUUAUUUCAGAUGUUACGCAAGGUGUAGCGGCUAUGCAUCGUUUACGACCUCCAUUGGUCCAUCGGGACUUGAAGGUUGAAAAUAUCCUGCUAACUUCUUCUUUUUCUUCGUUCAAGCUUUGCGAUUUUGGUAGCGUGACCGAGCCUAUCCAUGCCGCAGAAAACUCAACUGAAAUUCACUUAUUGGAAAAAAAUCUUGCUACGUUUACUACUUAUCAAUAUCGAGCCCCGGAGAUGAUCAAUCUUUAUGCCGGACUCGCGAUCGAUGAAAAAAGUGAUAUGUGGGCUUUGGGUGUACUACUCUAUAAGCUUUGCUAUUACAUUACCCCUUUCGAAACCCAAGGACCAAAUGCUAUCCUCAAUUCGACCUAUGCUUUUCCUCCUUUUCCGCAAUAUUCGCAUUCCCUAAAGAACAUUAUUAUUGCUUUGCUUCAGCCAAACCCUUGUUUACGUCCUAACGUUUUUCAACUAAUGUAUGAAAUCUGUCGGCUUCGCGGGAAGCCAUUGCCAUUUGGUGAUUUUUAUGCCGGCAACGACCCUUCCUUUUAUGAUAUGAGUAAUAGAAAAGUAAUGUCCCUCACUAGACAAUCUCAAGGACGCGCAUUCAACCAACAAAUCCCUAUUCCUGCACCGAUGCCCACCUCCCAUAUUCAAGGUUCUCGACCUACUGUUGCUCCUAUGACACCUCCUGCUUAUCCAUCUCAUUCUGGUUCGAACCCAUUUUUCGUAAAAGCUGACAUGUCUGGUACAUCUCAAAAAAUGCGCAGUCCAAUAUCUUUUGAACAGAAUAUACCGACAACUCAUCCAUUAGAUUUGGGGUCUUCAAGGAACUACAGUUUUCAUAACCAAGAACAGAUACCUCAUAAUACUCCUGCUGCUGCAGAUUCUGUUCCCCCUUCUUACAUAUCUAGCGAUAGCAAAAAUCCUUUUCCAGUUUCCCAUUCCACGACGGGUACAUCUAGUCACUAUGUACCGACUGACUAUCUAAAGACAGGGUCAAAAUCGGUUCCUGAAUCAGUGGGUGGAAGCUUGGAGGAUAAUAUUGCUUUACGUUAUCCAGAAUUAAGUGAACUGGAAGCGCAGAUUACGAACCAGACGGAUACAUCUUCCCAAAAGGCUUAUGAAAAUUCGAAGCGAGAAGUUGAAAUUGCCAAAUUAGCUGAUGAUGCAUUUGCCAGUUUCUUAAAACCAGCGGUAUCAAAUGAUGAGGAUGUGAAGACAAAUAAUGAGUCUCCAAAUUAUCGAUCAUCCUCUUCACUUGACACGGAUGGUCAGAAGCCAGAAAAGACUGGAUCGCAAGCAGAAUUUCAAGAUUUUUCUAAUCCUUCUAUAUCGUCAAGUGAGUUACCAAAGUGGUUUUCUAACCAGUCCGAUUCAACUACCCAAAAAUCUCCUUUGGAAUAUAAAGACGAAACGGUAGCUUCUCCACAGAGAGUGUUUCGACACAAGAAAUCGUUAUCUCACGGUUUACCUUACUCUUCGUCUCAUUCUAAUUUAAAAACAGAAAGUAAUGGCGAGGCUGAUGAGGCAUCCUCUUCUUUACGUCGUCGGAAAUCAACCGCCGCCAAUCAAAAAUAUACACGCCAACCUUCAAACCCUUAUUUCACUUACGAAGGAUUAGAAUACCCUGAACAACAACCCAUUCCGAAUGACUUUUUUGAGGAAGCGAGAAGAAACUCAUCAAAUCCCGCUUCAUCUUCAAACCCACAUGUGUCUGACUCUGAAGAAAGGUCUGCAAUACCAUCUUUUGAGACUCUUAAAAGGACGAGUAGCGCAAAAAGCGAUUGGAGUUCACACGAUUUUCAGCCACCCAUGUUCUCAACUAAGAAUCCGUACUUGAAGCAACUUUCCCCUGAACAAUAUAGAAAUAACAUGUUGCAUAAUGAACAAGACAAUCUGUUAGAUCCCUCUGAUUCUGAGAAGAUUACGAUCCAUGAUAACGAUGAUGUACAAUGCUUUUUCAAUGAUGGACUACAGAAAAGCCUUUCAUAUUCAAAUUCAGGACGAGCUAGUGUUACAAAUGAUUUCCCUCAAACUGCCCCGAUGAGCUACCUUGAUAAAGAAACAGAACGAUAAAGCUUCAACUCUCUUUAUACACAGGAUAGCUCUCAAUCUUGCACCUCAUAAGAAACUAAAGCAAUCAAAAGCUUAAAUUUUGCUGUACGCCUCUGUGGUUUUCUGAGUUUCGAUACAAUCAUGCAUCAGAUUUCCUCGAUGGAUUACUGUUUUAUGCAAUGUCUAUAUCCAGUAUUAAAAAUGUAAUAUCACUGAUUUAUGCUAUAAUCCGUUUAUUGAGCUUAUGGAAUCUUAUAUCUACUUGACUGCAACAUACAUAUGGUGAUAGAAUUACGAUAUCGGUAAGUAAUGAUCAUUUUCAGGUUAGUUUUUUGUUGUGCUUCGAUA